AUGGCCGAACAACUAGAGAACGAGAACAAAGAACUCAAAGAAGAAGUAAGCCGGUUAUCUGCUCUGGUGGAGUCUCUGCUCCAGGCUCAGAAGCAAGCUGUAAAUGUGCAAGCGUCUACGUCCAAUCAAGCACCUGAAGUAGCUCCUACCUCUAUACCAGCCCCUGUUAUGGGAUCAGUCAAUGUUAUGCCUUUCGGUUACCCUUGGGGGAUGCCCAAUAAUUUCAUGCCCGAAGGGCAUUAUCCGCAAGUGCAUGCUCAGCCGACAUCUAGCCCGGUCCCUGCGGUGCCACCCCCGGUGGUUAAUUUUGUUCCUAUUCCAGCUCCAAUUCCUCAAGUCCGUGUUGACGAGACUAUUUACCAUUCCAAGGCCUUUGAAAACCCGAAUGUGUAUGACAAAAUAGACGACAUGAGAGACCAGUUCUCUGACUUGAGGAAGGAUAUGAAGGCCCUUCGAGGGAAGGAAUUGUUUGGGAAGAGUGCCUCCGAGCUCUGUUUGGUCCCGAAUGUAAAGAUUCCGAUGAAGUUCAAGGUCCCUGACUUUGAAAAAUACAAGGGGAAUAUCUGUCCGCUCAACCAUAUGGUCAUGUAUGCUAGAAAAAUGUCUACGCAUACCGACAAAGACCAACUGCUCAUCCAUUAUUUUCAAGACAUCCUGUCUGGCGCUGCCUUGAAAUGGUACAAGGGUCUUGACUGUGGCUCUGUGUGCACUUUCAAUGACCUCAGUGAGGCUUUUGUAAGGCAGUACAAGUACAACGUGGACAUGGCUCUGGACAGAGAUCAACUAAGGGCGACGUCCAAAAAAUAUAAGGAAACCUUCAAGGAGUAUGCCUAG